CAGACGGAAGUGCGGAGGCGGCGGCGGGGCUGCCGGGCUGCCGGGCUGCGGGGCAGUGGAGCUGCCGGGCUGCCGGGCCGCCGGGCGGCAGGGCUGCGUGGCCACUACGGGCCGGCUGCCAUGGAGGAUCCUGUUCAAGAUGGGGUGGCUUCACCAGCCACCCCUGGGACCGGGAAGUCUAAGCUGGAAACAUUGCCCAAGGAAGAUCUUAUCAAGUUUGCCAAGAAACAGAUGAUGCUAAUACAGAAAGCUAAAUCCAGAUGUACAGAACUGGAGAAAGAAAUUGAAGAAUUGAAAUCAAAGCCUGUUGCUGGAGGAACUGAUGAUAUUAUUAAGGCAUUGACUGAACGUCUGGAUGCCCUUCUUCUGGAAAAAGCAGAGACUGAGCAACAGUGUCUUUGUCUGAAGAAGGAAAAUAUUAAAAUGAAGCAAGAAGUUGAGGAUUCUAUAACUAAGAUGGAAGAUGUACAUAAGGAGUUUGAAGAAUCGCAAAGAAACUAUGUGAAAGAAAUUGAAAAUCUGAAAAAUGAAUUAGUGGCAGUACAUUCCAAGCAUAGUGAAGAUAAAGCUAGCUUGCAAAAGGAACUGGAAGAAGCAACCAAAAAACAGUUAGAACUUUAUGAACAACUUAAAUUUCAGGGUGACUCUGAAGAUAAUGUUAAAAAACUACAAGAGGAGAUUCAGAAUAUUAGGCCAGCCUUUGAGGAGCAAAUUUUAUGUCUGCAAAAACAAUUAAGAGCUGCCACAAAUGAAAAGGAAAAAGAAAUUACUCAUCUCCAAGAAGUCAUUGAGGCUAAUUCGCAGCUUUACCAAAAAGAUAUUAAUAGUUUGCAAGAAGAGCUUUUGCAACUGAAAGUUACACAUCAAGAGCAGGUUAAAGAAUUGAUGUGCCAAAUUGAAGCAUCUGCUAAAGAACAUGAAGCGGAAGUAAAUAAUUUAAACCAGUUAAAGGAGAAUUUAGUCAGACAAUGUGAGGCAACUGAGAAGGACAUUCAAGAGAAAUAUGAAUGUGAAUUAGAAAACUUAGAGAAUGCGCCAAGUGCAAACCAUGAAGAUCAGAUGUGUCCUUUGGUCUUACAAGAGGAUGCUUUUGUAGAACAAGUAGUAAACGAAAAAGUCAAACAUUUAGAAAAUACUUUAAAGGAACUGGAGUCUCAACAUAGUAUCUUAAAAGAUGAGGUAACUUAUAUGAAUAAUCUCAAAUUAAAACUUGAAAUUGAUGCACAACAUAUAAAGGAUGAGUUUUUUCAUGAACGGGAAGACUUGGAAUUUAAAAUUAAUGAAUUGUUGCUAGCUAAAGAAGAACAGAGCUGUGUAAUUGAAAAAUUAAAGUCUGAGCUAGAAGAUUCAAAUAAACAAUUUUGCUGUACUAUAGAACAACAUAACAAAGAAGUACAGAGUCUUAAGGAACAGCAUCAAAAAGAAAUAUCAGAACUAAAUGAGACAUUUUUGUCAGGCUUAGAAAAAGAAAAAUUAACAUUAAUGUUUGAAAUACAGGGUCUUAAGGAGCAGUGUGAAAACCUACAGCAGGAAAAGCAAGAAGCAAUUUUAAAUUAUGAGAGUUUGCGAGAGAUUAUGGAAAUCUUACAAACAGAACUGGGGGAAUCCGCCGGGAAAAUAAGUCAAGAGUUUGAAUCAAUGAAGCAACAACAAGCAUCUGAUGUUAAUGAACUUCAGCAGAAGCUCAGAACUGCUUUUAAUGAAAAAGAUGCUCUUCUUGAAACUGUGAAUCGUCUCCAGAGAGAAAAUGAAAAGUUAUCCCAACAAGAAUUAGUACCAGAACUUGAAAGUACCAUAAAAAGUCUUCAAGAAAAGAAUGAAGUAUGUUUAGUUAGUCUCAGUCAGAAAGAUACCAUGUUACAAGAAUUUGAAGCAAAGAUAAGUUCUCUUACUGAGGAAAAAAAUAUUUUUGUAAGUAAAAUAAAAUCUUCUCAUGAAGAGAUGGAUAAUCUCCAUAAAAAAUAUGAAGAGGAAGAAAAAUUGAUUAAAGAACUUAGGGAAAAAGUGGAGCAAACUAGCCAGUACAACAGUGAACUAGAACAAAAGGUAAAUGAAUUAACAGGAGAACUAGAAGAAACUUUAAAAGAAAAGGAUCAAAAUAGCCAAAACCUAGAGAAGCUUAAGAUUCAAUUAAAAACUAUUUCUGAAGACAAAGAAGCACUGUCAUCUGAAGUGAAGUCUCUUUAUGAGAAAAAUGAAAGAUUAAGUUCAGAAAAGAAUCAGUUAAAUAGGGAUUUAGAGGCUUUCCUGUCCCAAAAAGAUUUUAUGCUUAAGGAACACCUUUCUGAGUUAGAAAAGAAACUUCAGUUAGUUGUUACAGAACGAGAUAAUUUAAGUACACUGCUUGAAAAUGAGCAUGUUCAGAAGUUAUCUGUCAAAACUCAGUUGUAUGGUUUUCUUAAGCAGAUGGAGUCCAAAAUUUCAGAAGAAAACAAAGAGCAAGAUGUCGCGAAUGUUCUGCAAGCUAUAGGUGAAUCCUUAACUAAAAUAAAUGAGGAAAAACACAGCUUGAUUUUUCAAUAUGAUAAAAGAGUAGCAGAGUUAGAAAAAAAGAUUGAGUGCCUUCAAGAAGAAAACGUGGUUCAGUAUGAAGAACUUCGGUCUUUACUAAGAGACCAUGAACAAGAGAAAGUUCUCUUAAGGAAAGAGUUAGAAGAAACACUGUCACGUAAGGAGGUCUUGCAGUCUAAUCUUCUAGAAAUGAAGAAUGCUAAUGAAAAAACAAGACUUGAAAAUCAGAAUCUUUUAAGUCAAGUUGAAGAAGCCUCUCAAAAAUUAUGUAGCAAAGAUGAAACCCAUGGUGUAAAAGAACAAUGUUUUGUAAAGGAACUUGAAAAUCUGAGGCUGUCACUAGAACAAAAAGAAGCUGAAUUAGAGGAGGUGAAAGCAGAGUUGCUGUCAUUAAAGGAUACCUUAGAGAAAUCACCUGUGGAAAAUAAUCAAUCUUCUUUAGUAAAAGAGCUGGAAGAGAAAAUAGGAUAUCUGGAAAAAGAAUCCAAAGAGAAGGAGGAAAAAAUAAAUAAGAUAAAACUGGUUGCUGUGAAGGCAAAGAAAGAACUAGAUUCUAGCAAAAAAGAGGCUCAGACUCUACGGGAAGAGCUAGAAUCUGUUCGAUCAGAAAAGGAUCAGUUGUCUACUUCCAUGAGAGAUCUCAUUCAAGGAGCAGAAAGCUAUAAGAAUCUUUUAUUAGAAUAUGAUAAGCAGUCAGAGCAGUUGGAUGUGGAAAAAGAACGUGCUAAUACUUUUGAGCAUCACAUAGAAGACCUUACAAUACAAUUAAGGAAUUCAACUUUUCAGUGCGAAAAAUUAAGUUCUGAUAAUGAAGAUCUCUUAGCUCGUAUUGAGACACUGCAGUCUAAUGCAAAGUUAUUAGAAGUAGAGAUUUUAGAAGUCCAAAAAGCCAAAGCAGUGGCAGACAAAGAGCUGGAAGCCGAAAAACUUCAGAAAGAGCAGAAGAUAAAGGAACAUGCCAGUUCCAUAAAUGAACUUCAAGAACUUCAACUGCAGCUUCGGAAGGAAAAGAAACAGCUUCAGAAAACCAUGCAAGAAUUAGAGCUGGUUAGAAAGGAUGCCCAGCAAACCACAUUGAUGAAUAUGGAAAUAGCUGAUUAUGAGCGUUUGAUGAAAGAACUGAAUCAAAAGUUAGCUAAUAAAAACAGCAAGAUAGAAGAUCUGGAGCAAGAAAUUAAAAUUCAGAAACAGAAACAAGAAACCCUGCAAGAAGAAAUGACUUCACUACAGUCUUCAGUGCAACAAUAUGAGGAAAAAAACACCAAAAUCAAGCAGCUGCUUGUGAAAACCAAAAAAGAACUGGCAGAUUCGAAACAAGCAGAAACUGAUCACUUAAUACUUCAAGCAACUUUGAAGGGUGAACUGGAGGCAAGCCAGCAACAAGUAGAAGUCUAUAAAAUUCAGCUGGCUGAAAUAACCUCCGAGAAGCACAAAGUUCAUGAACACCUGAAGACCUCUGCGGACCAGCACCAGCGCACACUGAGCGCAUACCAGCAGAAAGUGACAGCCCUUCAGGAAGAGUGCCGCAUUGCCAAGGCAGAACAAGCUGCUAUAACCUCUGAAUUUGAGAGCUACAAAGUCCGAGUUCACAAUGUUCUAAAACAACAGAAAAAUAAAUCUGUGUCUCAGACUGAAACUGAAGGAGCUAAACAAGAAAGAGAACACCUGGAAAUGCUGAUUGAUCAACUAAAAAUCAAAUUACAGGACACCCAAAAUAACUUACAGAUUAAUGUUUCUGAACUUCAAACACUACAGUCUGAACAUGAUACUCUCCUAGAACGGCAUAACAAGAUGCUUCAGGAAACUGUGUCCAAAGAAGCAGAACUCCGGGAAAAGUUGUGUUCAAUACAGUCAGAGAACAUGAUGCUGAAAUCGGAACACACACAGACUGUGAGUCAACUCACAUCCCAAAACGAGGUCCUUCGCAGCAGCUUCCGUGAUCAAGUGCGCCAUUUGCAGGAAGAGCAUAGAAAGACCAUGGAAACUUUACAGCAGCAACUGUCCAAGGUGGAAGCUCAGCUUUUCCAGCUUAAGAGUGAACCAACCACAAGAAGCCCAGCUUCAUCUCACCAACCUUUGAAGAACCUUCGAGAAAGGAGAAGCACAGAUCUCCCCCUUCUGGACAUGUAUGCCAUUACCCGGGAGGAGGGAGAAGGAAUGGAGACCACCGACACAGAGUCUGUAUCUUCCUCUGGCACUCACCCACAGUCUUUAGAGCAGCUGCUUAAUUCUCCUGAAACUAAACUGGAGCCUCCUCUAUGGCAUGCUGAAUUUACCAAAGAAGAAUUGGUUCAAAAGCUCAGCUCCACCACAAAAAGUGCCGAUCACUUAAAUGGCCUGCUUCGGGAAACAGAAGCAACCAAUGCAAUCCUUAUGGAGCAAAUUAAGCUCCUCAAAAGUGAAAUAAGAAGAUUGGAAAGAAAUCAGGAACGAGAAAAGUCUGUAGCUAACCUGGAGUACUUGAAGAAUGUCUUGCUGCAGUUCAUUUUCCUGAAACCAGGUAGUGAGAAAGAGAGACUCCUUCCUGUUAUAGACACAAUGUUGCAGCUCAGCCCUGAAGAAAAGGGAAAACUGGCUGCAGUUGCUCAAGGUUGGUGAAGGUGAGGAAGAAAAUGCUUCCCGUUCAUCCGGAUGGGCAUCCUAUCUGCAUAGUUGGUCUGGACUUCGGUAGAUUGAUGGGAAAACGUUAUUUAUUAACCAAAUAGAAUCCAUGUGGCAAAAAAGAAAGUUUCACAUAUAUUGCUGUCAUUCUUUUGUCCAAAAUGUGUGUGUAUAUGUUCACAUCUACAUAUAUUUGUAUAUACGUCUGUCAGAUGUAUUUAAAAAGUCUCUGCUUGAAGUAAAAGUAUGAAGUUAAAGUACAGCAGCCUGAAGGGUUGAUACCAGUCCACAGCCCUCUGACUCUGUGACCUCCCAAGAGUGCUGCCAGAUGAAAACACCAAGAAACACCACCACUCCCUCCUUCUGUGGAACCUCAGGACCCGCCUGUUUCUGGGCAGUACUGUGAAUUUCGAAGUUAAAUUUUGGUACAGUACCAACUGGAAUUUAGGUUUUGAAAAUAAUGUUACAAGACUAUUUAUUGCAAGAGCAAACUUGCAGAUAGAUUAUUAUUAUAAAUUUUUGAAAUGUAAUUAGAAUAUGAAGGAAAAUGCUUUGUGCAUAACGUUGACAUGUUUAUUAAGGGAUUAUAAAGCAAAUAUGUACAGUUAAUUAUGAGACUAACAUUUUACUUAGUAACUUUAAAAUGAACUGUUCUGUUUUUGUUUUUUUUUUCUCUACAAUACAUUAUCUCAAAACUCAUUAUGUUGUCAGAAGCCCUCGUGUUGGCUGGUGUAACACAGAACAUGAACACGGGACCAGCUCAUUACCUUGGGGUGAUUUUGUGGUGUCUCUCCAGGCUCUUGAGAGGGUUCAUCUACUUUUAAGCCAUAAAUCUGUUUUAAGAAUUCUUUCCAUCUCCCCCAUUAAAAACUUAUCAGAACAUCGACUGCGUCAUGCAGCAUUGUAUCUAAUAGGAGAGUGGUGCUUCCCGUGGUUCAGCAGACAUGCCGUUCUGUAUGCUCUCCAUCCCAAGGAACUUCAGGAACACAUCUUCGAGGUCAGUGUCACAUUUUCACAGUCUUGUGGUGUUACCUGCCUUUGAUGCCUCUAAAUAUAUUUUAUUGACAAGAUCAGAAUUGUGUUCUUAAAUCAUAAAUUUGAGAAUUCUAUUUUUAAUAUUUAUUUGUUAAAAAAAUCACCACACAGUAUGCUCUGUAAAAGUUCCCUUAAGCCUUCCAAUUUAUACUUUGAUUUUCAUUCUCAGCUGGUGAACUGACUUGGUUUACUCAGAACAUUCAUUUUGAUUCCAGUUUAAUUUAACUGAAAUUUGCUGCUGACGUGCUGAGUUUGUUCUUUACAAAAUAUCUCCUAUAUCUCUUUCCUCCAGUUUUAGAACAGACCUAACUAGUGAAUGUAAUAAUGAAAAUGCAUCCGUUUCAGAGCUGACUUUAAGUUUAGUUUUUUUACUUUGUAAACUGUGAAUAUGCAUAUACCAGCAGCAUACAAUGUAACUGUAAUAGUAUUUAAAUAAAUCUCACUGUAAGUGUAGACCUUUUUGAAGUCUGUAUAAACUUAUUUUGAAAUACAGUCUCUACUUAUGAAUGUAAUAGCAAAAAUACCAUUUUGCAUGAUAAAAACGUUAACUUUGAUUACAAAGUGAUAUUCUUUCAUGAUUUCAGCAAGAGGAAAUGUACUGAUUAUUUUAGUAUUUCUAUUAAAUAUGUUUAACUGCAUAUCAUAUUUUUAUGCCUACUUUUUUUCUGUUAGACACUGUCUCUUUGGAGUUUUUGAGUUAGUCUAUGAAUUGGCAUUACACAUUCCCUUACUACUGUCUCUAGACAGUUGGGACCUAGAGUAUCAGGUACUUGAGAGAACAUAGAUUGACCUUUUGUUAGGUGUUGUGUGGAUCAUGAUACCUUCCAUGUCUGACAUCUACCUUCCACCUGGAAGUGGGAGCCACACUUAGCCUUUCUUUGGGCGCCUCGCAAGUUCCAGCCUCCUCUGUGAUGUGUACAGUGAGCUUUGCUUACGCCCCAAAGAGCAUAUGAUCAAGAAUUAUAUUCCUUUAAACAAACUUUGAGCAUUGCAUUCCUUUAAACAGACUUUGGGAGAAGUGUCACUGAACUGCUUACUAGCAAAGCAAAGGCUUGCUAAAGGCAAGCAGUGUUUUGUGUUCUUUGUAAACCCCAUGUUAGCUGGUGAUGUCACUGGAAACCUAUAGUAUUGAGUGUACAGUUUCCAAUAAAGAUAUAAUUUGGUAUUGGGCAAAUAGCAUGAUGCAAACAAAAAAUUACUCAUACUGUAUGAUUAAGUUGGAAUGUAGUGGUCACAACUUGGUGUAAGACUGUUCUGCUUUGACUUGGUAUCUGAAAAUCUACUACUGUUUCAAAAUAAAUGCACACUAAGGUAAACAAUCUGAUAUAAAA